UUUUCAUUUUUAGUUUGAAUUGAUUACGUUUUUUAAUUGUGAUUUAAUUUUAUAGUUUUGUUUGUUUUUUGUUUUGUUUUAUUGUCCAAUUAGUUUGGUAGAUUGUCAUGGGCUUUGGACGAGGAGGUGGUGGAGGUUUUGGUCGCGGUGGCGGAGGUGGUGGGGGUCGUGGGGGCGGUCGAGGUGGAGGAAGAGGAGGUAGAGGUGGAUUCGGUCGGGACAGACCGAAUUACGAUGAACCACCGGCCUCCGUUCAAGAAUUUGGUAUUUAUUCUCAUCCUUGUCAAUCACAAUUGGUUGUUAAAGCGAAUUCAGAAGGUGUUCCUUAUUUCAAUGCACCAAUUUAUUUAGAGAAUAAAGAAAUCAUUGGUAAAGUUGAUGAAAUUUUUGGUUCGAUUAAAGAAUAUUUUGUCUCUGUAAAUCUUACUGAUAAAUUCAAAGCCAACUCAUUUCCACUCAACUCUAAAGUAUUUAUUGAUCCCAAUAAGCUUUUACCAUUAGAGAAAUUUUUGCCUAAACCACCGGAUAACAAAAUCUUCAAGAAAAAGAAAGCAGCUGGUGGAGGUGGUGGUGGAGGCCGUGGGGGCGGUGGAUUUGGUCGAGGAGGUGGACGAGGUGGUUUUGGACGUGGUGGUGGUGGUUCGGGAUUCGGUAGAGGUGGUGGUGGCGGUGGUUUCAGAGGCCGCGGGGGAGGUGGAGGAGGAGGUGGUGGUUUUGGCCGUGGAGGCGGCGGCGGUGGUGGUUUCGGACGAGGUGGCGGAGGUUUCGGUGGCAGAGGAGGAGGCGGAGGAAGAGGCGGAGGAAGAGGAAGAUAUUAGUAAUUCAUAUUUAUCAAAUACUUUCCAUUCCUACAAAAACCUCUUGGAAAUCCAAUUCAUCUUCACAAAACACAUAAACAAAUUCUUCUAAAUCAAUGUUCGCCAUUUUCUCCAUCCAUCCCAAGCCCGUUAAUCUAAAACUAUUCACCAAGAUCAAUUAUCUCUCCAUCAAUUGACUAAUUUAAUAAUUUGGAGACAAAAAUGAAAAAGAACAAAUUGAUUUUGUAAUAUAUUGAAUGUAUAUUUUCAAAUAUGACAAAAGAAAAUAAAACAUUGAUUAAUUGAA